AUGUUUGUCUCAUCCUCUCUUUUCUUCCAGGACCGCAUCAGAGAGAAACUGAACGCCCUGCGCGUCGAAGCGGACGCUGCUAUUGCGCGUGCCGAAACCGCUGAAGCACGAGUGAAGGAGCUGGAGCAUGCGUCGCUCAAGAACGACCAGGAGAUCGCUUCGUUGCAGCACAAGCUCUCCGUCGCCGAAGGCCAGCUCGAGGCAGCAGAGGGCAAGCUGACUGAGCACAAGAGCCUCGCAGCAGAGGGCGAGAGCAGCAAGGGAAUGGCAGAUAGCUUGCAGAGGAAGAUCGCGCUGCUCGAGAGCGAGCUGGACACCAGCGAGAAGAACCUCCGGGAGACCACAGAGAAACUCCGCCUGGUUGAUGUCAAGGCCGAGCAUUUUGAGCGCCAAGUGCAAUCACUCGUGCAGGAGCGGGACGCGUGGGAAAAGAAGUACGAGGAAGCGCAGGAAAAGUACAUCAGCUCCAAACGCGAGCUCGACGAGGUCGUCCUGCAGAUGGAGUCCCUCUAGACGCACUCUUUCAUGUGGGCAGCGCUGCUAUGGCGACGGGAAUUCGGCAGUGCAGUACAAUACUGCGCUCGCCGGGGCGGCAUCGCUGGAAUGAUGCAGGCAGCUUCCUCCCUCGCCUCUGCGCGUCAUAGCAACGAAUAGCAAUGAUGACAUGACAAUGCGAUGUAAGAGAAAGUCGCAGAGGGACAUGUUCCCCUGUAGGAUGUUACUGCUGCGGAUGCGGCAGAAGGCGUUUGCAUGCCCGACGAAGGAUUAGGAGAGCGUACGGAACACAUC